AUGGCAAUUUUAGAUACGAUCCGGGCAAUUCCUCCGGUAACACGGUUCUUCACAUUCAGUACGUUAUUUUUCUGCUUCCUAUUACGUGGGGGAUAUGUCAGUUAUGGAGACUUACUUUUCCAGCCCAGUGCGUUUGGUUACUUUAUUUGGAUUAUUAGGUUUCAUUUCAAGAAUGGGGACAACUUGAAUGCCUUCUCUUCUGUGGUUCAUUUAAUCAAGUAUAGUUACCGAUUUUUAACUUCCUUUUUGGUGGUCGAUACAACCAACAUGAUGGCUAGUUUAAUGGACGUAUAUUUGUUUUAUACGUUUGCUAAACAUUUAGAGAGUCGUCAUGGGAAGUUCCAGAGUAUUUUCCCAGAUGCCUUAUGGUUUACAUUGAUUUGUGGUACUACUAUUCAUUUGUUUUCAAUAGUGGGAUGGUAUUUUGAACUGAGUUUUCAGGAGUUAUUCACCUUUUUCCAAUUGGGUGCUAUGCCGUUUGUGUCGAUGUUAUCGUGUGUGAUAUUUCUUUGGUCACGAUUCCUGAAGAAUACUGUGAUAAAUUUCAUGGGUAUAAUUCCUAUUGAAGGAGUAUACUUACCAAUACUUCAAGGUGGUUUGAAUUUCUUGAUUGGAGUCCCCUUGGGCGAUUACUGUGUUGGUAUUCUUUCCGCCUAUAUCUAUUUGUGCAUUCAAUCUGGUACUAUACCCAUUUACAAUUUGCUUCCUGGUUGUUACUCCAAAUAUAACGCAAAGCUAAGCUCUAGAGUCCAACGUGUCGGUGGAGUGGUUCAGGAUACGCAACAAGCCAACUACCAUCAUGAUUCAAUCUGGGAUUUGGGGUAUCUUAAAGCCCCGGCCUGGUUGUAUAAAGUAUUGAGAUACCCUGUCAACUAUAAUGCCAGCUAUAGUGCAUUUGAUCAGUUGGAUCACAAGAGAAACGCUAUCAAUUCUUUAAACAGACGUCACCUGAAGGAUGGCUUUGUUAAGCUUGGUGGACGGAGUGCCGUAACUAAUGGUAGUAUGUCUACAGGAGUGAGUCCUACGCCGAAAGACACCAACACUACAUUCAGAGGCACGGGACAUAAACUAGGUAGCUAG